UACGUCCUAAUAAAACCGGAAAGAAACAACGGAAAUAAUAACAAGUUAAAGUUACGCCUAUUUCACAACGCAUAAACAAUGUUAAAAACCACAUUAAGGACAGUGUGUCCUAACGUGACAUGUACGUACAAAAUUGUGUUAAACUUACAUGAUGUCUAUUUUCGCACACAUUUUUAAAUUUGGAUAAUGCCUGCGCCAUACUAUGGUUUCAUUUUCUCUUUGUUAGCCUGUAUAUCACUAAAAGGAUUGCAAGCGACGUACUAUCCCGACGGCUAUAAAGGCUGCUUUCUAGACAAAGAAGACAGAAUUCUAGAAAUGAUGUUUCCAGAUUCAGCGUCUAACAGUGGCGAUUUCUGUAAGGGACUUUGCAGGGAAUUUCGCUUCAGAUAUGCUGGUACUGAGAAUGGAAAAGAAUGUUUCUGCGGAGACAAUAUUAAGGACUAUGAGAUGAAACCAGAUUCUGAAUGUAAUACUAAAUGCGCAGGCAAUGUAGAGGAAUAUUGUGGAGGGGCUUGGCGCAUAUCAGUCUACGACAAUAUGGGAACCACAACAAUACAAACAUUGACUAAUUCAACCACGACUCUAACAACCAUUACAACUUCUGGAGCACGGAAUACAAAGUUCAACGGUAUUUCACACCAUUUACAGCUGAUACUACUUCCUAUUGUUAUGACAACUGCGUUACAAUGCUGUUAAAUAGAAAAAGUACUACAAUUGGAUAUGUGACUGAGGAACAUAACUUGAAAAUAUGCAGCUAGUAAUAUGCAAAUAUCCCCGAGUUACCAAGGAUCAACACUUUCAAACUUGAAAAGGAUCAGAAAGUUAAAGAAUUAACUACAUAGUGUAAUAAAUAAUAAUAUAUCACUUACAUGGUAAUCACAAAAAUAUUAAACAAUUGCAACAAUAUCAAGGUCACUGCCAUCUUCUUCCGCCAUUUUGAACUGGUCAGAAUUCCAUCACCGCGGGCCAUAUCUAAGAUACAAAUAUCACCUAUUAAGAGAACCAUCCCAUGUGAACAGUACAUAAAGUUUUGUUCACUGCUGUUUCAUUCAACUUGCAUAGCAGAUAUGCAGUGUGCAUGUCAUUCCCUGACUAUUACAUGCCAUAAACAGUAGAAGAGAUGCCAAAACAAAAAAAAGGAAAAAUAUUUCCUUUUUUAUAAAAUUGUAAUGCUUCUUUUUCUUAAAAUAAAAAAAUGGCCUAAAUAUUUCCCGACAUUCUGUAUUUUCUUUUAUUCAUGAAAAAGUAAACUCAGAGGUCCCAUCAUCGACAGUAGGGUAAACAAUUCCACCUUCUGCAAGAAAUCUAUCUACCACAGCGACAAAAAAGAAAAAACAACAUCUACAUCAACAAUAACUCAAAUAACAAAACUAACAGUCGAAGCUGUUACAAGAACACCGACGACCAACAAUAACGACGGCGACAAAACUACUACAAUAAAACCAAAUACUACAACAACGAAGAAAUCCACUUUCAUCACGUGAUCAUGGCGGCAAGUUUGUUUCUCAUCGUGGGAUAUUAAAACUUUGAAAAUGCGGUGAUUUUAGACGUUUCGGGUGAUAAUUUUUGUGCAGGAUAUCUAAUAGGAUAUGGCAAUUUGAUGAGAAGUAUGAUUUAUCUCGAACUUAUGAAAACUUUGAUAGUAUAACAUCAGCUGAAAUAUUCAUAAUUCCCACGUUAUUUUCACGCGCCAGUGAUCAUAUAUAGUCGUAAAUAUAAACGUAUAUACUGUUGAAGUACGCCAUGCAUACAGCUUUGUGCAAAGGUAUAGUCACACAUGUCAUUAACAGGUUCAACCCCUGAGCCAAGUACCAGGAAAAAGCGUUAUUUGUCUUCACCAUUUGAAAAUUUUGACUCCAAGAAAACACGUACAUUUUCCCAAAUUAUGGAGGGUGAAGCAAGUGUCACGAAUGUUUCUUUCACUCAGGAAGAUCUAGAAAAAUAUCUGAAGUUUUAAAAUCUUCUUUCAAAGAUGAUAUAGUGGAAAUGAUCAAAGACGUUGUCAGUUCAUCUGUCAAUGCUAUUAUUGAUGGUGUAUUGUCUGGUCUUCAGGAAAAAGUAAAAUGUCUUGAAUCUGAAAACUUAAAACUGAAAACUGAGAAUAACAAUUUAAGAUCGAGUGUGAAUGAAUUGAAAUAUAGUGCCGAUUCCUCUGAACAAUACAGUCGUCGGAAUAAUAUUCGUAUCACUGGAAUUCCGGAAACUAAAGAUGAAAAUUCGGAUCAAAUUAUCCUUGGCACUUGCAAAAAACUAAAUGUGAAUUUGGAAUUAUCUGAAAUCGACAGAUGCCACCGAGUUGGCAAACCCAGAGAAUCCGGAAGCCCGCGGCCUAUUAUUGUAAAAUUCACUUCAUACCGAGUUCGCCAGCGAAUAUACAAAGCAAGGUUUUCGCUCAAAACAAAGGUUUUGACCCAAACGUACAUUAACGAAGACUUGACCAAACAACGUAGCUUUGCAUUCUAUACGGCGAGAUUAUUUGUGAAACAUAAGAAGAUUGACAGCUGCUGGACAUCUGAUGUUGUCAUCCUGGUCAAAGACUACAACCAAAAAAUCCACCGCAUAACAAAUAGUGAAGAACUUGUUUUCUUCGAACACGAAUAAAGUAAAUGUACUUAACAGUGUAUAAGGUGAAAACUUCUGCGCAUACGCUGUAGAAGCAGUUUGCAAUCUCAUUAUGUAACAUUGGCCAUUUAUAGUGUUGAAAACUACGUGAUGUGUUGAAACACGAACAGUUAUAUCAUUGUAGAUAACGUAUACUGUAGUGUAUGUACUAUGCACGGUCACAUGUAUCUUGCUGAACACCUGUUCUAUAUUUUGGCGUUUUGAGCAUUUUAAAAGUACAUGUAUUACAGCAAAGUCAGAAAUCCAAAUUACUAUGUGUGCUAAAAUGUACAUGUAUUUUCCUUCAAAUUCAGUACAGCUUGCAUCUGUCGAGAUUUUUUUUUAAUAGUAACAUUAUUUUGGGAGAUGUCGUAAACACUGCUCGAGUUUUGUAAUAGGCAGUUUCUACAUCAAAUUUGCUGUAUUGUCUAUAAUUCAAACAUUUUUUGAUUACUGCAUUUGUAAAUACAUUUUGAUUGCAGGUAGCUUCUAUGUUAAACUUGUUUUAUAGUUAUAUGUUGCAAACCUUUGCAUGAUAAGCAUUAUGCUCUGCGACAGUAUUAAACCACUUUAUGAAAGGUGUACGCGGAUCCAAAAUAAUUCUGUUAAUAUCGCUAUAGUUUUAUUUUUUGCGGUAAAAACUUUUAACAUAGUUUACGAACAGUUAUGUCUGAACGUGAUUGUAGACACCGUUUACUAUAGUGUAUGUACUACGCACGGACACAUGUAUCUUGUUGAAUAACUGCACCUGUUGAAUAUCUAUAUUUUGACGUCUUGAGCAUUUGGAAAGUACAUACAUUUCAGCAAAGUCAGAAAUCAAAAUUACUAUGUGUGCUAAAAUGUAUAUGUAGUUUUCCUUCAAAUUGAGUACAGCUUGCAGCUGUCGAGAAACAUUUUCUUUUUUUAAUAUUAAUAUGUAUUUUGGGAGAUGUCGCAAACACUGCUUGUUUUGUUUUUUGUUUUUUUUUUAAAUAGACAGCUUCUACACCAAAUUUGCUGUAUAGUCUAUAGUUGAAACAUUUUUUUGAUUAUUACACUUGUAAAUACAUUUUACAAACAUUAUGCUCUACGACAGUAUUAAACCACUAUAUGCAAGGUAUACGCGAAUCUAAAAUAAAUCUAAUAUGUAACUUGUAAGGUAUACGCGGUAUCUAAAAUGUUCGAUAGGCUAUGGUUUAACAAUUUGUAGUAGGUUUGUGGAGUAGAAUACUGGUAACCUUCCUUAAUCUGCAAGCAUUGUCACAAUCCUCGGCAGUUUUUUUUAAACAUAACAGGUAUUUUUGGCAUUAUUUCGGCUUAAUUCUUUCACAUUGUUAUCAUAAGUUGAAUUAUUACCUGUAUGUUGUUUUCUAUUUUUGUACUUAUAACGGCUGAGAUGUUAAUCAUUUCCUUUAAUAAUACCUCAUAUAGUUUUACACAAUACCUGUGAAAUAAGAACAUACGUUCAACGAGCCCCAUUGUAUAUGUAGAGUUUAACAAUUCUUGAAUACACUGCCACUUUUUUUCUAAAAUUUUAAGAAAUCAUAGCUUGAGUAGUGUUAGUUUAUAUAUAUAAUAUUAUACAUUUUUUAAAAGGGCCCUUUUGAACGGAACUAUCAAAUUUUGAUAAAAUUUUCAUUUACUGAUAUUGUUGCAAUUGUUUAAUAUUUUGGUGAUAACCAUGUAAGUGGCUGAUUUGGGUCAUUUCGUUAUGUCGCGUUGGCGUUCGCACGGUUUAUGGAUCCCAUUUCGUUGUGUUGUGCUGGCGCGCGUGGCAACGCGCAAUAACGACAUGUUGAACGUUUUGAGAGUCGUUUAGUCGCGCGCGCCAACGCGACAAUAGGAUGCUAAUAACCCGACAUAUCGAAGCGACAGAACGGAACAUUACAUUGCGUGCUGGCGCACGCGCCAUCAGCAAAAGUGUCAUGUUGGUGCGCACGCAAAGACAAAAUGAAAUGAUUUGUUGUUUCACUCUAUUAACAGAGAUUUUGUUUUGUCUGUUGACGCGGGUACCAAGACGGAAAAAAGUGUUUCGUUGUCUAGCUUUGGCGCACGCCAACGCGACAUAACGAAAUGUAAUAAAUAAGCCACUAUAAACAUGUUUCUAAUUUUAAUUCAGACGAAGGAUCAAAUUGUCUCGCGCAGGAGGUUUUUACGGAAGAAAUGAUCGUUCUCCUGAAGACAGUCCAGAUACAAAUACAUUUUGUACACCAUAAUGAGAAUGACAAAGUAUCUUUGAACGAAUCCUCAACAUAUGUUGACAACACCCGGCAAUUGGUCAGUGGAUAAGUCAGAAUUUCUACUAGGGGAUAUCCGGAAGAUAAUUCGCACCAAACAAUAGAAUACUCUAUCCGAAUGUCAAAUAGUUUCCGCCCAUAUUUACAGACAUUUAAAAGACAAAACUGGUCGCUUUGAUUGUAAAAUGUAUUAAUAUAUAGGCAAAAGUCUUUCAGCCACCCUGGAAAAAAAUGAAAAUUUAAAUUAUUUCCACUUCAGAAUACCGAGCCGUGAGCUACAAUUAGAUAUAAGAUGUCACAAAUGUUAGAUACUCUGUCAAGACUAAUCAUACGACAAAAUAUAACGGAUGAUAAGAAUACAAAUGAUGAAGGAACAGAAAACGCUAGAGCUGGAAGGAUGGAAUAUCUUUAUGCAAUUAAAUACCAGAUAAAUACGCACACCAGAAUAGUAUGGUACAGAAAAACGAAUGUUCAGACUGUACAUUGUUCGGAAAUGACUUGGCAAUUAGGGCGUGUCACACGAAAGGUACACGGUCCGAAUAUUCAAAGGAUACGGAGAUGACAAGAGUACUAUUCUGCGCAAAUAUCAAUAUGUCGGCCGGGAGUUUGAAGAAACGAUGGUUAUGAUGUCACAUUCGGUUCACAACAUGGCUUUGCUUUAAAACCAGUGAAAGAGCUUCAUCGUGUUUCAUCUUUUUGAAAAUGAGGUUACUGAUAACUGUUGUGUGUCUGAAUGUGAGGACACACAAAGUCAUAUAUGUAUUGCAUUUUAAAGAAAACAUCAACCUAACUUAAACUCAUUCUCAUUUUACUUUACAACAUAUUUGACGACAAAUAAUUACAUGUUAUGACGUGUUACCUAAGUAUAUGUUAUUGUAUCACUUGUGGUUGUUUAAAAACCGUAGAAGUUGUGAUGUUCUGUAGUCGGUUGAUUACUGAAAACCUACAUAUAUGUUUUGUCAAAGUGAACUGUAUAUUAUAAAUUCAACAUAUUACUGUAGGCAUUAACACUGUACACAAUCAGUCUAAAAUACAGUUUCAUCUCGGUAUCUCGAGCUCCAAGGGAUCCAGCGUUUUACUUCAUGAUAACUGAAAUUCGACAUAAAAAGAUAUUUUGUGCACGUGUUUUCGGAACGGGGCCGAAAAAUGUCUUCGAGAUGGCUGGAUUUUAAGACAACAGAGUUCGAGAUAUCGAGUAUCAACUGUAUCUUUUUUAUCUGGUGGCUUCAAACGUAUUUAUCACUUUUGUUUUAAUAACAUCCUUACACCAUUAAACGAAACUCGGUUGAAAAA